CCGGAAACAAGCUUGAAUGCGGAAGUAUUGAUGAACCUGUGUAAUAUUUCCAAACUCGGAAGUUGAAGCAGAUUAAAAUGUUUUUUGUUAAAGUCGGAUAAACAGGGAAAGUUACACAGCUGUAAGCUUCGGUUAAAUUAGUUUAUUUAAACCUGGCGAUUUUCCCUGGGUUUUAUACUUUGCUUUUGCGUUUUGAUUGCGUGUGUCAGCUGAGUCCUGUUCUGACAGGUGAGCCAUGUCCCCCCGCAGCAUAUAAGGAUGGAAAACCUGCGCUCUCGGCUGAGGCUUGGGAGCAAAGUGGAGGACGUGCAGCUGAGGAAACGGAGGUCCCUGCUUUACUCCAAGGAGGAUGGACAGCUUUUAAACCACGGCCUACUGAGGGUGGCUGUCUUCACUGUGGUGUUCAGACUGAUCAACUGUCUCAUGGUUCAGACCAGCUAUGUCCCUGAUGAGUACUGGCAGUCUCUGGAGGUUUCCCAUCGGAUGGUCUUCAACUAUGGGUAUCUGACUUGGGAGUGGAAAGCAGGAAUCAGAGGAUUUACAUAUCCUUUCUUCUUUGCAUCCCUGUACAAAAUACUAUACUUUCUGAACUACGACACAGUCUAUCUCCUGAUUUGGCUUCCUAGAAUAGUUCAAGCGAUCCUGGCUGCGUUUGCUGAUGUAAAAUUCUUCUUACUCAUCCGAACAUUAGAAACUGAGGACGUCGCAAGAUGGACGUUUUUCUGCCAGCUGUGCUCCUGGUUCUCCUGGUUCUGCUGCACCAGGACUCUGACGAACACCACAGAGACCACCCUCACCUACUUGGCUCUGUUUUACUUUCCUCUGCCAGGGUCCAAAACAUACAGCAGUAAAAAGUACUUGUCCCUGGUGGCCUUGGCUGUGGUUGUGCGCCCGACGGCCCUGAUUGUCUGGUUUCCUCUGCUAAUGUACCAUUUCUGGCAGGAAGAGCACAAGCUGAGACUCAUCAGUCAUAGUUGCAUUCCUAUAGGGAUGUUGGCGGUUCUAAUUUCAGCGCUGAUCGACUGUCUGUUCUACGAAAAGUGGACGCUGGUGCAAUUCAACUUCAUCAAGUUUAACAUCCUGCACGGAGUGGCAGAUUUCUACGGCUCCCACCCCUGGCACUGGUACUUCACCCAGGGCUUCGCCGUCGUCAUCGGCCCUCAUCUUCCCUUCUUUCUACACGGAUGUGGCCUUGCCUUCAGGAAAUACAAAAUGGUGCUGGCCACAGUACUGUGGACUGUUGUUGUGUACAGUUUGCUUCCUCAUAAGGAGUUCAGGUUCAUCUACCCCGUCCUGCCGUUCUGUAUGAUUUUCUGUGGAAUAUCUUUGGCUCAUCUCAAAGCAUGGCGGCGCGUGGCUGCAGCCCUCCUUUUGGUGUCCAACCUGGUUCUGGCUCUGUAUACUGGUCUGAUACACCAGCGAGGUACUCUGGAUGUCAUGAGUCACCUUCAGACACUCUGUGAGGUCAGCAGGGACUCCAGUCGCCCACAGUCGGACAUCCUCUUCCUCAUGCCCUGUCACUCAACGCCUUUCUACAGCCACGUCCACUGUCCUCUGAAGAUGAGGUUCCUGGAGUGUCCUCCAGACCUCGGAGAAGACGGUUACUUUGAAGAAGCUGCACAGUUCUACAACAAUCCUCUCCUCUGGCUCAGGACCUCCUUUCCUUACAAAUCCUCCCAGCCAACACAUCUGGUUUUAUUUGACGUCUUGGAAAAAGAAAUCUCCACUUUCCUGCAAGGGAAUAACUUCACAAGAACAACGGAAAUAUUUCACACUCACGUUCCAGAGGGAAGAGUUGGAAGAAGCAUCUUUAUUUAUGAAAGGCACUAACAGCAAAAACAACACUAAAGAAAAUAUUCUCUGAGAAAAUGUAACAAUUUGCUAUUGUAAUAAAUGCUUUAGACUCUUU